UCGGCUCAUGUGUCUGAAACGAAUGUGUUCGUGUUUGGUUUUAUAAGAAAAUGUAGCAAACUUUAUUUCAUUGCUGCAUUUUGUAGUGUUUCUAACAGACCAUAAGGUGAUAUGUCUUCCCUUCGAACACGAGUUGUUGGUGUCUGCCAUCAGUGUCAGUCUGUCUCACCUUUCAAAACGAUAUUUAGGUCUCAAAGCGUUUCAGCCCAACCUCUCGUGCAGGCAGACUUGCUAAAAGGCCGUCCUUACAGGAAACACCCUGGAGUGACAAAUCUCAAAGCUCAGCGUUUGCCUGAUGAGCUGCAGAGAGGUGCCCUGUAUAUCAUAAAAAAUGCCCAAGUCAGUGAUCUGACAGAGAAGGCACAGCGUCUCUCCAACUUCCUAUGGAGUAGGAAGCGAAAAGUGGAGGAUGCUCAACUGAGGGCAAAGGCGAUGGCCUUGGAGAAGGCUCUGUGGAGUGCCUCACAGGAACAUCCCACGGAGGGGGAGGAUGGCAAUCUGGAAGAUCGGAUAAAGAAGCAAGUCCUGUAUGACUUAAGAAAAAAUACCUACCAUUGGACACCUAUCAGGUAUGAUGAGGCUCUAGGGUUGGUGUUCAUGGCCUCAAGGUUAGCCGGUGGAUAUGCAGCUGUUAGAAGAGCUCUCCAUGAGAUUAAAAAACGAGACUCCUCUUUCUCGCCACGUUCCCUUCUGGACUUUGGGUCUGGGCUAGGGACAGUUGUGUGGGCAUCACACUCUCUGUGGGCAGAGUCCCUUAGAGAGAUGGUUUGUGUAGACAGCUCUGGAGCCAUGAAUGAACUGGCAGCUCGACUUCUGAGGGGAGGAGAUGAGCAAAAUAAACCCUUCAUCGACAAUGUUUAUUUUCGUCAGUUCCUUCCUGUCUCCCCAAAGGUGCAAUCUGAUCUAGUGGUGGGGGCAUUUGCUUUGUCUGAGCUUGGCAGUAGCAAAGAGCGUCAAGAUGGUGCUCUCACCCUGUGGAGGAAAACUGGCUCUUAUCUGGUCCUGGUGGAAAAUGGCACAAUGGAUGGUCACAGCAUCCUCAUGGAAGCCAGAGACACUAUACUGAAGAAUGAAGAUAAAGUAGUGUAUGACCAUAGAAUGCCAUCUGUGUUUGCUCCGUGCACCCAUGCAUUACCAUGUCCGAAGAUGAUGCAAAGGCUGUCUGUGCCGUGCAACUUUGUUCAGUCCUACUACCCCCUUUCCUUGACGAAAAAACAGGAAAACUCUCAGGAGAAGUUCAGCUACCUGAUCAUCUCCAGGACGGGGUCAGCAGAGCAGGGGGACAGACUGGCUGGGACUGAGGAGGUGGAGUGGGGCAGACUGACGACACCGGUCAUACGCCGGCCCAGACGUGUGCACUGCCAGCUGUGCUGCUCCAGCGGAGAGCUCAAGCGGCUGGUGGUCACGGCACGCCUGCACGGCAGAGACACAUACCGCUGUGCCCGCAGCAGUGACUGGGGUGACCGACUCCCAGUCGUCUUGGCAGAGGACGAGGAUGACGUCACUGUUCAGAGUGACAAUGAGCCAUCAUAAUCAGAAAUGUCAAUAAAAUGAACUUCUGUGCAUCA